UCUCAAAAGAUGUUUUGAUGUUUUUCGAUAUUGAGUGUUUUGCAAGGACAACUUUGGAGUCUCUUCCUUCAUCUGUUUGGCAGAUUCUUUUGAGGAGUAAACAUAAUUUUAAGAAAUAAGACAGUUCAAAUUUCUUUGAGUUUAGUGAACCUUCAAUCGUCAGCAUGACUUCUCACCUUGUACAAGCCUACGUGGAUAAGGAAAAUACUACCAGCCUUGCUGGAAACAGUAACAAAAAUCGCAUCAGCUCUUUAGCUGGAAGGCAAGCUGUGAAGACAUUCAGUGUCGGUGAGUCCCCGAUGGUCACCCCAAGGAGAGCCCUAGGAAACCUCAGCAACGACGCAGCUCGUCUAUCCGGCAUGAACACGAGCCAGAAGAAACCACUCAAGUCUGCCAGUGGUGGCGGUGGUAAUAGAGUCUUCAAGAAACCACUCGGCUCCCAGGCUAAGACACCCGGGUUAUCACUCAGGAAACCCAACAUAGCUGCUCCUUCUGCUCAGACCGCACCCAAACCCAAGCUGAAACAUCCGAUAUUAACAGCGUCCAGCAGCCUUCUGAGACCAACAGAAGUCUACCCAGAUGUAGAGACCAUGCAUGUAUACCAAGACAAAGAAGAGUUUGAGCCGGUACCCCAAGAGGACUGUCUGAGUUCCUGCUUGGAUAGACUUGCAUCCCUGAGGGUUCCCUCCAUGCCACACACACGGACAACUCUACCACACGGCAAACACACAGACUUCUCAUCCCUACAGCUGGAGUCCAAUGACAGAUUGAGCCACAACACCAUGCUAGAUUUCUCAUCGAACAGCUUUGAUGUGAACCUUCCGAUAGACCUGAACUCCUGCCUUGACUUGCCUCCGUUAGACACAGUGUCCUUCAUGGAUAUCAACAGCUUCAAACUGUGGGAUGAGCAGAGCACUGACUUUACCACUCAGUAGCUCAGGAUACAAGUAAGAAACAAUCUCAAUCAUGCGUUGAAGCAGUUGUAGGGUAUGCCCUGAACUUUUUCAGUAACGAGCCAGCACGACAAGAUGGCUUUUCACUGGUCUCCUAGCUUCUCUCUGGGACAGGUCUGUAUGCUUCCUUAUAAAAAAAACGAAGGAAGGGCACCAAGGAAUUUUCUCCUUGAUAAAGGGCACCGUAUGAGGAAAUUGUACAC